CUUCUUCUUCUUCUUCUUAAUUGAGUUCAGUUCAGGAUACUCUGAGCGCGUUCCCUUCGCUUGAACCCAAACGAUGUCGUCCUCGUCGACGAUUGCGUUUCGUUUUCCUCCAUGCGCGAUUCCACGUCCUUCCUCCGUCAGGAGCAGGACGACUCUCGCUCCCACUCUCUGUCCAUGGCGUCGGAAUGGGACACAGAGGGGAAGGCGUCUCUCUCCGAUUUCAGCGACCCCUUUCGACCUGUCUCCUCCGCCCAUCGAUCACGACCUCGCGGACUCCAUGAUGGUGGUUGGAGGGAAGGUCUCGGCCGAUGGGGUUGUGGAGACUUAUGACAACGAUGACGAAGCAUUGGAUGCAGCUGAUAACGGUCUUGCUGUUGUGGAUUUGUCGCACUUUGGACGAAUAAGAGUCAGUGGAGAAGACCGUGUCUCAUUUCUUCAUAAUCAGACCACAGCACAUUUUGAAUGCCUUCAUGAAGGAGAAGGAUGUGACACAGUUUUUGUGACACCAACAGCACGGACAAUCGAUAUUGGCUAUGCAUGGAUCAUGAAAAACGCUAUCACUUUGGUGGUCUCUCCAGUCACCUGUCAAAGCAUAACAGAAACGCUCACAAAGUACAUAUUUUUUGCUGACAAGGUUGAGAUCACAGAUAUCACCAAGCAGACAAGCUUCUUCGUCCUUCUGGGACCUAAGAGCUGUCAAGUUAUGGAGCAUCUUAAUUUGAAGGAUCUGGAUGGACAGCCAUAUGGCUCACAUAAACAUUACAGUAUAAAUGGAAUGCCAAUAACAGUAGGAGUUGGAAAUCUUGUUUCUGAAGAAGGUUAUUCUAUGUUGAUGUCGCCUGCUGCUGCCACAACUGUCUGGGAUAUCCUCUUAUCUCAUGGUGCCAUCCCAAUGGGAGCUAAUGCGUGGGAAAGGCUAAGGAUUUUGCGAGGAAGACCGGCACCUGGGAAGGAGCUUACCAAAGAGUACAAUGUUUUAGAAGCUGGUCUCUGGAACUCAAUAUCACUAGAUAAGGGCUGUUAUAAGGGGCAAGAGACGAUAUCUAGACUGAUAACUUAUGAUGGAGUCAAACAGGGCCUAUGGGGUGUUCAGCUAUCUGCACCAGCAAGACCUGGAAGCCCCAUCCUUGUUGAUGGGAAAAAGGUUGGAAAGCUGACAAGUUGCACAUCGAGAAGGGAACCUGGGUAUUUUGGCUUGGGAUACAUUAAAAGACAGGCUGCCUCAGAAGGAAGCACUGUUCUUGUUGGAGAUGACAUUGUUGGGAGAGUGAUGAAUCUUCCUUAUCUUGCUAAGCAACAUCCACUCGGGAAGAAAUCAGGUUCCUGAGGUCUGGCCUGAGGAGAGGAGCUUGAAAAUGCGGGUUCUGACCUGAGGAGCAGCAUGGAACCCGAAACCGUAUGUAUCUUCUUUUUUCUUUUAAUUAUUCAUGUCCCUAAAAUAAUGAUUUUCAUCUGUGUUUUGCUUCCGGAUUUAGACGCGCAAUGAGAGUUCUGAACAUAAGAUUAAGAAAAUACUCGGCUGAGCUUGGUCUCAAUAGAAAUCGCUUCUCUCAGGCGAUCUGAUCGUUGACGUUCUGGUGAUAGGAAAAUGGGGGAGGGGAAUCGUCGAGGUGCGGUUAGACUCACGUAUGUGGUGUGAUCUGGCCACACCUCGAGUAGCCGCCCUCACCGAUUUUUCAGUCAUUAGAAGACCUGAGAGAAGCUGUUCAGGUCGAGGCCAAAUUCAGCCAAAUACUUGUUUAUUCCACCAUUUAGAUCCCUCAUCGCUUGUGACAUUCCGAAGGAAA